UCUCACUUUUCUUUUAGAACUGGCAGUAUAGAAAGGCUCGACGAUACUGGUCAUUCCCAUAGGAUAAUAUCAGGAUACAACCAAGUCGAGGAUAAUAUCAAUGUUGUCGUGAGAGUGCGGCCUCUAAACCACAAGGAAGUUAAGGCGAGAGACAUUUCUGUUAUACAGUUUCCGGGAAAUGGACAAAUAUUGGUGGAACACCUCCCCAACGGCGGUAGCGCUCACAAAUCGAAACUCUUCUCCUACAAUGUCGUCUUCGAGCCGGCCGCGACCCAAGAAGACGUCCUCCAGUUCUCCGGUAUAAAAAGGCUGAUCGAAAUGGCCGUCGAGGGUUUCAGGUGCACCGCCUUCUGCUACGGGCAAACAGGCAGUGGAAAAACUCACACUUUGACCGGUCCACCGAAAUUGUUCGACAAGAAGAAGCCCUCUUACAGUGACGCUCACGGGUUGGUGUUUAGAUCGUUUAUGUACUUAUUCAAAUUGCUGAACGAAAAGUCGGACGUCAGUUUCAUACUUAAGGCCAGUUUUUUGGAGAUUUACAACGAAAAGGUAAUCGACCUACUAAAUCCCGGCAGCGCCAGGAAGCCAUUAGCAGUGCGAUGGAGUAAGAAAGCGCGCGGAUUUUUCGUAGAAAACCUCUUCACGGUGGAUUGCGAGGAGCUGGACGAUCUCACCGCCGUUUUGGAAGAAGGAAUGAGGAACCGUUCCGUUGGAAGUCACAACAUGAACGACUACUCGAGUCGAAGUCAUACGAUCCUAACGGUUCACAUAACGUCCGAGCAGCCCGCCGAGAACGGCGUCUUCAUAUCUAGAUCGGGCAAAAUUAACUUCGUCGAUCUCGCCGGGAGUGAGAUGACGAAGAAAACGCAAAGCGAGGGAAAGACCUUAGAGGAGGCCAACAACAUUAAUAAAAGCUUAAUGGUUUUAGGAUACUGCAUCGCGUCGCUCAGCGACAACAAGCGCAGAAAUAAUCACAUUCCCUACCGAGAUUCACAGCUCACGAAACUUUUGGCCGACUCCUUGGCCGGAAACGGCGUUACGCUUAUGAUCGCGUGCAUUUCGCCUGCAAUGUCCAAUUUGUGCGAGACGAUCAAUACGCUAAGAUACGCGGCAAGAGCGAAAAGGAUCAGAACCAAACCGAUCGUGUUGAUGGAUCCACGGGAGGCGCUUAUACUAACUUUGAAACGGGAAGUCGGCGUUUUGCAAAGUGAAAACGAACACCUAAGAACAGCGCUACAUCUGCAAGGAUCCCCAUCGGAGUCGCUCGGCGGUAAACGUAGCGCGUCGUCGGUCCAAGUCGAUUUGGACAAACUGGGCGAGCUGGAGGGGCCCCAGCUUAUAGACCUUGUAAAGUUAUACGUGGCCGAAAAUGAGGCCUUGCGAAAGGAGAACACCGAACUGUUCGUCUCGCGAGAGAUCCUGAUGAGAGACCAAGAGCUCGUGUGCCGAGAUAACGAAAGGCUGCUGAAGAAGCUCGAGGAAGUCAACUCAGUAUGCUGCCGUUCUCCACUGUUACCGGUGAAAACCAGUGCUUCGGCGAGCACACUUAAUAGGUCAUUCGUCGACUUGGACCUGUCGGCCACGAACAUCUGGAUUAAUCCGACUGAAAACUCAUUGAGUUCGUCCAUGGGAAAGAUCACGCUACCAGAGGUGAUUCAGAAGGAGCUCGAUAAAAGGCAGAUCGGUGCUAGCGCGCAUCGGAGGCACAACUCCUUGGAGGACCUCUCAAAGGCGGUCAACAACCCAGUCCGUGCGAAAAGCUCGAAGUCGGCCAAUCCCGAGGAUCUCGACAUUCGGCCACCGUCGGGACGCCGCUUCUCAAUGGCGAAACCCACCAACGGCCGCGCUCACGUGGACAGCCCUCAACGUCCAGAAACCCCGGCGUCUCUGGCGUCGGUCUACAGCAGCGAAUGGAAUCUGGACUCUCCUUCUCCAACUAAACAACCGGACGCGCCAUCUCAAAGAAACAGCCUAGAAAAACUGGACGUCGGGCGCCAAUCCAAGGGUAGUAUGGAAGUAUUCGGCAGUCCGAUAUCAGUGGCGGACGAUAGGGGUGAAAGCGACAGUUUUUUAAUUAAGUGAAGUUUUUAUAUUUGUGAUACAAAUUAAACUAUUCUUGUAUGCGUAUAAAGUUUUAGAUUUUUA